AUGCCGAAUUGCCAACACGUAAAACAAUACAUUUAACGAAACAUUUCUCGUUAUUCUUGAGCUCUAACACGUACGAUUGCUAUUUACUAAACAGAAAAGUUUGUGGGGAGUGAUAGAAUCUGAUGAAACUUGUUGGUCAACACUGCGAGACUUUUCAAUGUUUCAGUACUAAUAUCUGCAGCUCAACUAAAAAACGUAAAAAAAAAAAUAUUUCUUUUUCGAAAAUUGGAGUACUGUAGGCGCCCAAGUCUGCACACAUAUCUGCAAACACCAAACACAUAAAUUGCCGACAUUUGUCGCUAAAAAUUUUUUUAUUUUCGACACGGAGGAAACACUGAAAAUACAAAUUUCAGACAUUCCCAGAGCUUGUUAAUGCAAAAAACAGUGAAGGUUCAACUUGUCUUCAUUGGGCUGCGAGAUGUGGCUCAGCGGAAUGUGUAAAAACGUAAGUUAUUAUCAACUUUAUACCUAGAAUUGCAACAUUAUUUUUAAAAAAUGUUCAGGAUCUUGGAGUUUCCUUUUGAACAAAAACAUCUAUUGGAAAUUGAUACAGUUGGUGCUCCAUCAUAUAAACUCGCAAUUGAUGUAAAUGAAGUUGAUGGAGAAUGUCGAACUGCUUUAUAUCUGGCAGUUUCGGCAAAUCAUUUAGAAGUUGUUCAAACAAUGAUUGAUUUUAAAUGUGAAUCAAUAGAUCAUGUUAUAAGAUGUCCAUUUCAAUUGGAUGUUUAUUGUACACGAGGAAGAACUCCAUUUAUGUUAGCUGCAUUCAAUCAAUCCCUACCAUUAUUAAAGUGAGUUCUGUUGUAUUUUCAUAUUACAUCACUGAUAAUUUGUUUUUAGUCUUCUUCUUGAUUCUGGUGCUGAUAUAAAUCUUCCACUUGCAGUUCUUGAUUCAGAACGAAGUGUUGAAGAAGGUCGUUGUAUUGGAUCAGGUGCAUUAGUCGAAGCUGUUCGAUCGGAUGGUCUUCAUAUUGUUCAUUUUUUAUUGGAUCGGGGUGCACUAGAUACAGAUAACAAGUCUCUUCGCCUUGCAUCUGAAAAUCACAAUGAAAAAUUAAUGCGAGUAUUUUUGACUCGUUUAGUUUUUCCUGAUCCUGAAUAUAAAAUAAACAAGAAAAAUAUCGAUGUUGGACAAAUUCAAGUUGGCCAAAACCUAUUACCAUCUUCGUUAUGUCCAUCAAAAUCAGCACAAUUGAAUUGGUCUUGUGCAAGUUUGGAUCAAGUUCAAUCAGAUUGGUUUAUAGCGGCUUCACUUCAUGUUAAUCCACGUUUACGAACAACUCGACUUGCUUUAGCUGCUAUCACAAGAAUAGAUUUAUCAUCAAAUAAGUUGACAACAUUUCCAAGUAUUCUAUUCCAAAUGCCAUCUUUGCGAUCAUUGAAUUUAUCAGAAAAUUCAAUUAGAACAAUUGAAGUUCCAUCAUAUUAUAUUUCAUCCACUUCAUUGGAAAUUUUGAAUAUGCGAAACAAUAAUUUGGAAUAUUUGACUCCACAAUUUCUAGCUUCUCUUCCACAACUUCAAAAUCUUGAUGUUUCAAAAAAUGAACUUGGUCAGCUACCGGAAUAUAUUUGGUUAUGCCCAUCAUUGAAAGAAUUAAAUGCUUCUUCAAAUCGACUUAGUUCUCUUCCAAUGGUUGCUAGAACAAGUCGAGGAGAAAGGCCUAGAUUAGUUCAAGGAAUACAUCAAGGAUCGAUAAAAACACCAGAUAAUGAAACUCCACCAAAUGUUACAAUUCAUCCAUUGAAACGUCAAAAUGUUUGGCAGGCAGCUAUUAAUUUAUCGAAAGUUUAUGAUGAUGAUUCAAUGUUUCCUGAUUUCCAAGUCACUUCUUCAAAUACUCUCACAAGUAUAAAUCUAUCUCAUAAUAAAGUGAGUUUUAUUUAUUUUUCUAAUUCCAAUUAUGUUUAAUCAAUAUUAAUUUUUUCAGUUUCAUACGUUCCCAUUUUGCCUUGCAUGUACUUGUCCUCGACUUUUGAUAUUAAAUAUGUCAAAUAAUUCACUUACUUCAUUGCCUCCAUUUGCUUGUAUUCCUGCUCAUCUCCGAACACUCGAUUUGUCAUAUAAUAAAAUUCAAGAAGGAUUUAUUAAUCCAACACAAUUGCAUACUGUUUGUCAUGCUGUUCCUCCUUCAAAUGGACCUCCAUCAUUAAUGAGUGGAACGAGAAGAAGAAAUAGUCCUGUUAGACAAAAUAGUGAGUUUUAAUAAAAUUCUAUUUAUAAUAUAGGAUAACUAGAAAUGAAUUUUUUAAAAACAUUAUUCGUUAGGUCAAAAAAAUGUUUUUUUCUUCAGGAAGCAGAUCGAAAUCAGCAGUUAGAUCACAAAGAUCAUUGAGUGUUUCACGAAAUCAACCAAUUGAUUCACAAAAAGAUGAAGAAUGUGUUCAUAAACGACACGAUUCAUUAGAAUGGCUCAAAACUCUUCAACUUGCUGGAAAUCGUCUUUCAACUCUCAAUGUUGUCAAUUCAGAAACAUCCAAAAUUCUUUUACCAAUUUUGAAUGUUCUUGAUUUGAGCGAUAAUAAGUUAACAUCAAUUCCACCAUCGGACAUUGCAAAACUAUCUCUAUUAUCAGUUCUCAAUUUAUCAGGAAAUACAAAUAUUCGAGAACUUCCACCGGAUUAUGGAAUGUUGUCUAGAUUAUGGUCACUUUCAUUAAAAGGAUGUUCAUUGAAAGAACCACUUGAAUCAAUGGUUAAUACGGAAAACUGUAAAACAGUUGAAAUUGUGGCAUAUUUGAAAACAAUUCUUGAAGAAUCAAAAACAUAUCAUCAUCUCAGAUUAAUGAUUUUGGGAUCUUCAGAAUGUGGAAAAACUUUAAUUUGGGAAGGAUUACGAAAUGAAGGAAUGCAAAAAAGACAAGCAACUCAAUCAGAUUCUGUCAAAAUUUGUGAAUUCAAAUUCGAAGCAAAACGACAAAAAGGUGAUAGAAUACUUGGACCAGUUGGAUAUACAUCUUGGGAUUUUGGUGGACAUCGAGAAUAUUAUGCAACUCAUCAAUAUUUUUUGAGUAAACGAUCUUUGAGUUUAAUUAUUUGGAAAAUAACUGAUGGAGAAGAAGCGUUUACACAAUUAGACAAUUGGUUGAUUAAUAUUCAAGCGAGAGCACCAAAUAGUACUGUAAUUCUUGUUGGAACACAUUUGGAUCAAGUUGCUCAUUCAAAAUUACCAUCAACAUUUAUAGAAGAAAUUGAAACAAAAGUUCGAAAUCGAUAUAUGAUAUCAGAUGCUGAUAAAUCAGGUCUUCCACGAAUUGUAGAUGUUUUAUUAAUAAAUUCAACAAAUCGGCAAGAUAUCAAAACACUUCUGAAUACAAUUUAUCGAGUUUCUUGGGAAGUUCGAAUUGGAAAAGAAAGAGCAUUAGAACAACAAAUACCUUCAUCUUAUAUUGCGUUAUUAAAAAUAACAAAAGAAAUUGGACAAGAAUUUCGAAAAGAAGGAGUACCAUCUGUUAUGACAAUUGAAUCAUAUAAAGAAAGAGUGAAAAAAAGAAUGAGUUCGAAAUUUGGAAGACCAUUUCGAGAUGAUAUUGAAUUUUAUGCUGCUUGCACAUUUUUACAUGAUUGUGGUGAAAUUGUUCGAUUUGAAGAUGCAACAUUACGUGAUUUAAUAUUUGUUGAACCACUUUGGCUUCUUGAAUUUCUAACUGCAAUUGUUAUUCUUCGUUCUCCAAGUCUUCCAUCUGGUCUUUUAUCAACUGAAGCAAUAAAUCCAUUAACACGACAAUUCAAAUCUGGUGCGCUUUUGAUGUUAAAAAAUCAAUUAUUGGAUCUUCUUCACAAAUUCGAAUUAGCAUUAUCAACUCAAUCAAGACAACUAUUAUUACCAUGUUUAUUACCCGAUGAAUAUCGAUUGAGAUCUGAUUUUCUAACAACUGCUGUCAAAAUUCGAAUGAAAAUCAAAAAAUGGACAGUAAGAUGUCCAAGUCCACCAAAUUCAAAUUCACCAAUCAAAAAACCACUUCAACGUAUUAGUGUUGAUCCCGAUCCAAUUCUUCAUUUUACAUUUGAUGAUGAUAAACUUCUUCGAAGAAUUUAUGCUUUAUCAUAUAUUCCAUCUGGUUUUUGGAGUCGUUUAAUAACUCGAAUUAUGGGAGAUAAAAAUGUGACAACAGCAAUCGAAUCAAUAUUUAUGACAACAUCUGCAGAUUGUUCAAAAAUAUCUGAAAUUGCUACGAAAUUUGCAAAAGCUGAAUGGAUUGUAUGGCAAACUGGUUUAGAAUUACAUAUAAAAGGACAUUCUGUAUUCGAAUUGAAACAAUUUCUGCCAUCUGCUCAAAUUAGAGAUAUUGAUUAUAAUUUAUUAGAUCUUCGAGCAAAAGAUGAACAAAAAAGAUGGAGAACUUGGAAUUGUGUUGAACAUCGACCUAUUAUUGAAAUGAUGAUUUCUUCUUUGAGGUUCGUUACACUAAUUUUGAAAUAAAAAAGUAUAAUUUUCUGAUAUUUCAGUAUGUCAACGAGUUCAUCUGGACAAAGAUUAUCAAUGAAAACUGAUUUAGAAGGAAGAAGUCGAUUAUUAGCUUUGAUAACUGAUCUUUUGGAUACAUUAUUAGAAGAUUGGUGA